AUGAUCAAGGAAGACGAUGUGGUUUGCAACACGCACAAAGGACCAAAAGAGCACAGGCAUCUUCUGGAAAGCCUUGAUAGACAACCACAGCUGACCAUUGCUGCUCUCCCCUACAAUUCGCCCUUUCUGGUCCUUCAGAAUUGCUUUGAACUUAGCCUGUUCAUGGCGACCUACAAGGCUUGGGCACUUGGAAGAGCCGCGCCGAAACCUGCCGAUGGCUGGUAG